GAUAGAAAGUAUUAGUGCUCCCGUCUCGAGUGGAAUGGCGGACCCGGCAGCGGCUAUCGACCCGCACAUGCCCGCCGGCUUGCUCCGACACGCGAUCGCCCACGCCAACGGGCGCCCCGCCGCUCGCCGCGUUCGAGCUCGGCGCCUGGUCAUCGCCAACGACUCCGCCGUCCUCCUCAUCUCGAUCGCCGGGUCCGUGGUCAUCUACGCCUUCGCGGACCCCUCCGGCACCGAUGACCCGGCGUUCGCGCUCCUCGCGUUCCUGCUCUUCGUCCUCGGCGCGUGGCUCGCGCUGCUGGCGUUUGUCACCGACCAGUUCCCGAGAGCGGCAAGGGUCGGCGAGGCCAUUGCGAGGGCGCUCCGGGACUACUUGUUGGGCGGCAGGAACUAAAUUUCGUCGAAUUCCUGAAAGGAUAUACUGAUGCUGAUUGGCAAAGGAAUUUGGAUGAUUGAAAAUCUACUUUAAGUUAUAUAUUUAUUUUGGUAGGAGAUACUAUUUCUUGGUGUAUCAGAAAAGAGAAUUUAAUUACUCUUUCUUGUAUGGAAGCUGAAUAUAUUCUCCUUCCAGGCUACUUCCAUGUGGACCGUUCGCGCCAAGGAGGCAAGGUCAACCGAUGUAUAAUUA